AUGUCUAGGACCAUCUCCACAAACAUGGAACCCGAAAAGAAACCCGAAUUGACCCACACCACUAGUUUUUCAGAGGGUGAAAUAUGUCAUCACACCACUGAGCAUAUCCCAACUCCCAAUGUGACUCUCAUUCAAGAUGCAAUUGAAGCGAUAGGCAUGGGCCGCUACCAAUGGCGGCUGAUGGUCUCAUGCGGUUUCGGCUUCGUCGUUGAUCAGAUGCUUUUAGUUUCCAUCAGUCUCGUGAUGCCACAAGCAUCCAAGGAAUUUGCACCGCAGUAUGCAACUCUACUUUCUGCCUCUCAGUAUGCAGGAUUGGCAAUUGGCGCAAUAGCCUUCGGACUGCUAGCAGAUAUUACCGGUCGUCGUCUGUCAUGGCAGAUUUCCAUUUUUGGAGUAUCGAUCUUCACAGCUGUUGGCGCAGCCUCGCCCACUUGGGCCGUCUUGAAUGUAUUCGUGGCCAUUGCAGCGUUUUUUGGCGGUGGAAAUUUGGCAAUUGACCUGACUGUGCUCGCUGAAAGCCUCCCUCGCAAAUGGGGCUUCCUCCUAACCGGCCUUGCAUGCCUCUGGGGGCUGGGAAGCACUAUCACAGGCCUAAUAGCUUGGCCACUAGUGGUAAACUUCUGCUGCCCACAGGGCGCCACGCCAGCUACAUGCAGAAAAUCCGACAACAUGGGAUGGCGAUAUCUCUAUAUCAUUCUCGGAGUCCUCUGUCUCUUCAUGUCCAUUCUCCGUUCCUUCUCUCUACGAAUGAGCGAGUCACCAAAAUGGCUGGCCUUGCAGGGUCGGAGAGAAGAAGCUGUCGUAUCUAUUAACACGAUUAGUCGAAUCAACAAGUCCGCGUAUAGGAUGUCGAGCUCUCAACUUCACGAGGAGCAGUCAGAACCUCACAAAUCCAUGAGGGCGGCCUUUGGUAUGCUAGCGGGGCUAUUCCAAGGGAAGAGACAAGCCCGCUCUAUGAUCUGCCUCAUCCUUAUCUGGCUCCUUGUCGGGAUAGCAUACCCCGUAUACAUCGUCUUCCUAACAUACUAUCUCGAAGCACACGGUGCCAAAAUUGGCGAUGGAAGCGUCUACCAAACAUACCGCGACUGGUCAGUCUCUUCAGUAGUGGGAAUACUUGGGCCUGUGCUCAGCGGGUACCUAAUUCGAGUCCCAUUCCUCGGUCGUCGUCGUACAAUCACUUUGACAGCAUGUGCAUGUGCGAUAUUUGCGGGAUUAUUUACCACCGUGAAGAAUGAGGCUCAGAAUGUGGGAUUCUCAUGCAUGAUUAAUUUCUUUUUGAAUGCUAUGUACGGUGUUAUCUAUGGGUGA